ACAGUGUCCACUGUACACGGUUGAUACCGAGCGUAUCACGACCAGUCGAGGGACAAGUCGAAGCAACGCAAGUGAUAUGUUGUGCUCGUGACUCGCAGGCGCAGACGACAAGAAUUGCUUGAAGCAGCGCUGUCCGCCGGCAAUGCUUGAGGCAAGAUGAGGCGUUAUGCCUCAUCUUGGUCAUCCCUAUAGAUCAGAUCAACUCAACGAAGGCCCCUUCUCCUCGAGGAUCCAUCUUGGUGCAUGAAGCAUUCCGUUCACCGUCAAAGGUUAGCAUUGGUACUGCGCUUUCGCUGGCUAAUAGUCACUUCCGAAAAACCCAGAAAGCCCCCGCAUCGCUAUGCUUGCCCCCUACCUGCUAACCACCUUAGCAGGCUUGCUACUUGCUACUCAAGAAGCCUUGGCCACCUGUAGCAACUGGUCCACGCGCUACCAAACCAACCUCAACGGCGUCUGUGUCUGCAAUGCUACGCAGUGUGAUACGGUCUCCAACAACUACACCAGCCUCACAACGGGCCAAGUGGGAGUUUACACCACGUCCAAGGCUGGCGACCGCUUCGCCUACAAGGUGGCCAAUGUCGACUCAACGACUGUGAGCAGCCCCACCUACUCCAUCGACGUGUCCACGCAGUACCAGACGAUGAUCGGAUUCGGGGGCGCUUUCACGGACGCGGCGGCCAUCAACGUCUACAAGUUGUCAUCAAAGUUGCAGCAGAUGGUGCUAGAUCAGUACUUCUCCGAUACUGGUCUUCAGUACACUUUAGGGCGCGUCCCGAUCGGCUCGACAGACUUUUCAACAAGUAUCUAUUCGUACAAUGACGUGGUUGAUGACUUCGAGAUGGAGCACUUCUCCAUCAACGUGGACAAGUCUUCUUCGUCUCACAAGAUUGAGCUCAUCCAGCGUGCGCUCAACACGACGUCACGAGACAUCAAACUGUUCGCAUCUUCGUGGGCACCACCAGUUUGGAUGACGACGGAGAACACGACCAUCAAUUGUGCACUGAAGGGUAACCCCGGCGAAGAGUACUGGGAGGCGCUCGCACUGUACUACUCCAAGUUCUUCGACGCGUACUCAGAAGAAGGCAUCGAUUUCUGGGCUAUGACGGUGCAGAACGAGCCGUCUAGCUCUAUUUUGCAGACUUCAGAGUGGCAGUCUCUACGGUUGACAGCCGACCAAGAACGUGACUUUGUGAAGCUAGAUUUGGGUCCGAGGAUGGCGAAGGACCAUCCUGACCUCAAGAUCAUCGCUGGAGACGACCAAAAGUCCGGCAUCUUGGAUCGCCUUGCGCCGUUUGAAGACGCUGACGCUUUGAAGUACAUCAGUGGUCUGGGGGUGCACUGGUACCGUGAUCUCGACUUCUUCUUCUUUAGUUUGGGUGGUGACUUCGAUAAGUUGCUGUCGUUCUACGAGGACUACUCGGACAUCUUCAUGCUUGCGACUGAGGCUUGCGAAGGGUAUCUGCCGAGUUGGUUGGGCACGGGAUCUGGCGUUUCUCUCACUGACGCUGAUAAGAGCUGGUCGCGUGCUGAGAAUUACGGCCACGACAUCAUUGAAGACCUGAACAACUACGUUGCUGGCUGGACUGACUGGAAUCUGGCACUUGACACGACGGGUGGGCCGAACUGGGCUGAGAAUUACGUUGAUGCUCCGAUUCUGGUUGAUGAAGAGAACGGCGUCGAGUUCUACAAGCAACCCAUGUUCUACAUCAUGGGCCACUUCUCCAAGUUCGUUCCUGCCGGCUCCAAGCGCAUUGAGUUCCCCAAGACGAAGACGUUGAGCAGCUUCCACCGCUGUGCGUUCGUAACCCCAGACAACCGGGUGGUGAUCCAGUUCAUGAACCGUGACAGCUCAGCUGUAACGGUGAGCGUGAAGCAGACGGACUCGAAGACGUUCACUCUGUCGCUUCCGGCACACUCGAUGCAGACGGUGAUCCUCCCGGCGUCGGAUGACACCACCAUCCUGUAAGGUGGCACACUUCGUACCCCCCUCCCCCCAAGUUCACUAGGCAAAUCACAACAAGUAGCUCUGGUACCAGUCGUCAGAACUGAUGGAGGAGGUACUUGAUUGAAUAGUACGCAUUUACACGUUAAUUUUAAUGGAUGACCUGUGAGGCAACUUGGAGUUUCAAGCGCA